AAGAAGAAGAAGAAGAAGAAGAAGAAGAAGAAGAAGAAGAAGAAUAGAGGUUCAGAAUUCAAGCUACACUUACAUUUCCAGUUUAUUAUGUCUGGAGCAGUCACCCUUCUAUAAGAGGAAUACCGAGAUAUUUCGUUGUAGGUGAUAUGAACUUAUUACAUUCAUUAGCAAAAAAAUAAUUGAAUAAAACUUGAAGCCGACCUUGACAUUGAAUAAAAUUCACUUUGAAAUAGGUUUCAUACUUCGACGAUACCAAGCUACAAUAUCGAGAUACACUUCUGCUGUCAGCUUUCCUCGAUCAAAUCCCAAUAUGCUUUUCACUCAGACAAUGCUGACAGUUGGCAGUGAAUCUUCUGUUACUUGUAAGUUGAGAGUGCAGGUGUAUGAAUAAAUUAUUAUAAUUUCAAAUUGAUGUAAUUUGGUUCUAUCGUGUAAUACUGCGAUUGGUUGAGCAGUUUUUUACUGACACAAUUUGAUUCUGUCGUGUGAUUCUGGGAUUGGUUGAGGCUAGAAAUCGAAAUAGAAGUCAUAUAGGAAUAUGAAAUAGACAACGUAUAGAGGAUAGUCGAUACAGUUACUGUGGUGGCAGUACUACAAUAUUGUCAGUAAUUGCUGAAGUUUCUGUGUCAAGUGUUGCCUUAGGGGAUACGGUUGGAGAAUUAAUAAUUAUGAUUCCGGUCAAACUAUUGCUCUUCAGCGGUCUAUUGGUCGUUAUUCAGUGUGCAUAUUAUUCACCUCCCGACUCUCCAAUAGAUUAUGGAGAAUACUUUGCAUCUCCAUCCUCUCCACGAAUGAAUCCGUGGGAAACAACAGCAGCACAAGGAUCGUCAUCAUCACCAAAACCGAGGUCACCACAACGACCGAGGUCACCAGAACAUCAACAGUCAUAUACACCACAACAUCAACAGUCAUAUCCACCACAACAUCAACAGUUAUAUGCACCACAACAACCGUGGUAUCCACCACCACAACCGUGGCAUCCACCAACACAAGUACAGUGGCAACAGCAGCAACAACAGCAGCAACAACAACAGCAGCAACAACAGCAGCAACAACAACAGCAGCAACAACAGCAGCAACAACAACAGCAGCAACAACAGCAGCAACAACAACAGCAGCAACAACAGAGGCUUCGACAACUCCAGCUUCAACGACAACAGAGGAUACAACAACUGGAACAGGAGGACCCAUCACGAAAGCGACGAAAAGUGUCAACAGCAAAAGGACGACACAUGAGUGUAUUCUUAAUCAUGGAUGCUAACAGAGAUGACAGAGUGACUAUAGAAGAAUACGCCCGAUUGUUGGCCUUAGCUAACACACAUGAAAGAUCCAUUUUCAAUUAUGUCAACAGUUGGUUGUAGAUCUAAUAGAAAUUGCGGACACAUUACCAGAAAAAAAAUACAGAGAAAAGGAUAUUCAAGAGCUUUUCGGAGUCUCAGAGACCAAAUCAAAAGAACUCUUUUAUUAUCACAAUAAUAUGUUGCAUGAAACAA